AUGACAGAAACUCCCACUGAACCCGCUUGGAAGAAAUUCCUCUCUCUCAAGAAUGAAGCCAAACAAGAACCGCCCGAGCUCUCUCCCAAGCUGCAAGAAGCGCGCAUCCUACCAUCAGCGCUCAAAACAAAACGUGCGACUGCAACAGAUGCAACAGAUCCACCUGCCAAGCGAAUGGGGAAACGACAGCGUACAUUUCUUGCAACGCAGCAGGAAUCGGCAAAACGCACACAACAAGCAACACGACAACGGUCAGCGGCACAACAUCAAACAGCGCAUCGGAAACGUGAAGAAGCGGAACGACGUGCUGCAUUGGCAGCAACGCGUGCAUACCUUGAUUUAUUCGUUGCUCAGCGAACUGGUGUCUCGUUUGUCAAUGACGAACGUAAAACUGUCAAGGCAGAUGCAGUGGUGGCUGGAAAGGAAGAGGUCGUCUCUGAACGGAAACGACUCAAGCUUGCCAAAAAAGCUCAAAAAGCAGCACGUCGUGCAGAAACAGCAGAGGCAAGUCCGUCACAAGAUCUACCGGGUUGGAAAUUCUCAAAGCAACGACAAAAUCAUUUAUUGAGGCAGUUAUAUCAAGUCGAGGGGGAAGCCUUGUUUCCUGAGGAUGAGACGGGUGCUAUGAGGUUCAAAGAGCAAGGUAUCUUGUACUUGCGAGAGAUGCAAGGGGCGAGUCGGGAGCGUGUGUUGGAGGAAGCACAAGGGCUCGUGAAGCGUUAUGAGGCACAACAGCAAGAGCAAGAACAAAAGCAAGAAGCAGAAGAAGAGCCUACAGAAGAAGCGAGCAAGGUGGAAGGCGAGAAGGAGAAGGACGAAGAGAAAGCCAUUUCAGAGACCGUUUACGACCGUGCUCAGCAGAUUGUCAGUGCCCUGGAUACUGAGCCAGUCAGUAAGGAUGAAUGA